GAGCUUGCCUGCCAGAAGCUACUCUCCUAGCCUGCGAGCAUUUCCAGGCUCUUGUUUCCCAUCAGCCUCUGGGUCCAAACUAACUACGGGUCUCCGGGUCCUUUUCCGGUGUCCUUAAGGUUCUUGGACUCUGCACGUGCUGCCAGGUUGCCAGAUUUCUAAGAAGGAGUUUGAAGAGGAGAAAAGGAUUUUUGCAUGUUUAGAAAUCAAGGUUCAGGAGAAUCUUGACAGUGAACGUGUCUCAUUACGUUGAAUAACAGCUACAGGAUGUUCAAGAGCUGUUCUGGCUUUUCUGGAUUCUGUGCUUCACCAAUAGAGGAAUCCCAUGGAGCAUUAAUUAGUUCUUGCAAUUCCAGAACCAUGACUGAUGGGUUGGUGACAUUCAGGGAUGUGGCCAUCGACUUCUCUCAGGAGGAGUGGGAAUGCCUGGACCCUGCUCAGAGGGACUUGUACGUGGAUGUAAUGUUGGAGAACUAUAGUAACUUGGUGUCACUGGAUUUGGAGUCAACAACAUAUGAGACCAAAAAAAUAUUUUCAGAAAAGGAUAUUUUUGAAAUAAGUUUUUCCCAAUGGGAGAUGAAGGAAAAAAGUAAAACCAUUGGCCUUGAGGCAUCCAUCUUCAGAAAUAAUUGGAAGUGCAAAAGCAUAUUCGAGGGACUAAAAGGACAUCAAGAGGGAUACUUCAGUCAAAUGAUAAUCAGCUAUGAAAAAAUACCCUCUUACAGAAAAAGUAAAUCUCUUACUCCACAUCAAAUAAUUCGUAAUACAGAGAAAUCCUAUGUGUGUAAGGAAUGUGGGAAGGCUUGCAGUCAUGGCUCAAAACUUGUUCAACACGAGAGAACUCAUACAGCUGAAAAACACUUUGAAUGUAAAGAAUGUGGGAAGAAUUAUUUAAGUGCCUAUCAACUCAAUGUGCAUCAGAGAUUUCAUACUGGUGAGAAACCCUAUGAGUGUAAGGAAUGUGGGAAGACCUUUAGUUGGGGGUCAAGCCUUGUUAAACACGAGAGAAUUCACACUGGUGAGAAACCCUAUGAAUGUAAAGAAUGUGGGAAGGCCUUUAGUCGUGGCUAUCACCUUACUCAACAUCAGAAAAUUCAUAUUGGUGUGAAAUCUUAUAAAUGUAAGGAAUGUGGGAAGGCCUUUUUUUGGGGCUCAAGCCUUGCCAAACAUGAGAUAAUUCAUACAGGUGAGAAACCUUAUAAAUGUAAAGAAUGUGGGAAGGCCUUCAGUCGUGGCUAUCAACUUACUCAGCAUCAGAAAAUCCAUACUGGUAAGAAACCUUAUGAAUGUAAAAUAUGUGGAAAGGCUUUUUGUUGGGGCUAUCAACUUACUCGACAUCAGAUAUUUCAUACUGGUGAGAAACCCUAUGAAUGUAAGGAAUGUGGGAAGGCUUUUAAUUGUGGAUCAAGCCUUGUUCAACAUGAGAGAAUCCAUACAGGGGAGAAACCUUAUGAAUGUAAAGAAUGUGGGAAGGCUUUUAGUCGUGGCUAUCACCUUACUCAACAUCAGAAAAUCCAUACUGGUGAGAAACCUUUCAAAUGUAAGGAAUGUGGGAAGGCCUUCAGUUGGGGUUCAAGCCUAGUUAAGCAUGAGAGAGUCCAUACUAAUGAGAAGUCUUAUGAAUGUAAAGAUUGUGGGAAGGCCUUUGGUAGUGGCUAUCAACUUAGUGUUCAUCAGAGAUUUCAUACUGGUGAGAACCUUUAUCAGUGUAAGGAAUUCAGGAAGACCUUUACUCAUGGCUCAAAACUUGUUCAUGAGAGAACUCAUAGUAAUGAUAAACCCUACAAAUAUAACGAAUGUGGGGAAGCCUUUCUGUGGACAACUUACUCAAAUGAGAAAACUGAUACCAAUGAAACCUUAUGAUUGACAGUUGUAAAAGAACAUUUUGUGUGUGUGUAUAGACAACUUAAUAAGAACUCUUGAGAAACCUCGUGAAUGUAAGGGAUGUGCAAAAGCCAUUCAUUUCUGUUUAUGGACAAUUAUCUUGCUAUCUAGCAAUUCAUACUAGUGAGAAAUAUUUUGAAUAUAACUAAUAUGAAAAGACCUUUAGACUUCCAUAUAGUCUUAUUGGAUAUCAAUUUAUACUGAUGUAAAAUCAUUUAAAUGU